AUGACUUCUAGUGCUUUGCUCACCUGGGUUGCUCAGUACAAACAGUUAGCCAUAGGAUCAUUAGAACUGGUAGCUCAAGAGGCUCCUUCACAGUCACUAAAAAUUGAGUUUCACCACAGUUCUGGCAUUGCACCAAAGAUAGCCCCAUUUGAAAUGGGAACAUCACACUUUGAUGCAAAGACUACUCCAAAUACCAACCCAUUUUCAAAUCCUUGGGCACCCUUUGUGACCAAGGCAGACUUUGAAUUUGCAGAGCUGGUGACUGGGGAUAACUGCUCAAUUCACUCAAUAGAAUCACACAUUAAAAUCCAUAUGCAAAGUCCCCAGCCAGCCAUCACCUUUACCACUCAUAAAGAAUUUGAAAAAACGCUCAACAAAGCUGCAGAGCUUCUUACAAAUUUUGAGGAGUGUACUGUGAUGGUCUCAGUUGCUCCAUCAGAUGAGAACUCUGAAAUUCGGCCUCAUGUCCUCUUUCGCAAAAAUGUGCAUCAGUACCUAACUGACCUACUUUGUGAUCCACUAUACAUCCAUGAAGUAGAGUGGAUACCCCAGAAGACAUACAAGUCAACAGGUGGAGGUUGGAUGCGAUUUAUUAGUCAGCCCUGGACUGCUAAUGAAUUUUGGGACAUCACAAAUGAUCUCCCAGAACAGGAUGAUGGAACGCCUUCAGUGUUGCUUGCACUUUCAGUGUAUUCUGACAAAUCCCAACUGUCCAGCUUUGGGACAGUCAAGGCAUAUCCAGUCAUCUUGCGUGUUCUCAAUGUCCACAGCAAUAUCAGGAACACAAUUGGAUUUGGAGGUGGCCACUUAAUUGGACUCCUUCCUCAUGUUGAGGAAAGAGCAGAAGAUAAAUUUGACUUUGCAACAUAUCGCCGGAACCUGGUCCAUUGCAGCCUUGCUGAGGUGUUUGAAUCUCUCAAAAAACCCAGUCAGUUUGGGACCCGGCUCCAGUGUGGUGAUGGGAAGAUGCGUCAUAUUUAUUUUUACCUGAAGGAUGCUGCUGCUGAUGGGGAGGAGCAAACCAUGUUGACAGGCACAUUGGGGCCAAAUGCAAAUUAUCCUUGUCCCCGCUGCAAGGUUCACACAAGUAAAUUAUCCUCCCUGACAGUCAAAUGGCCUGUCCGGACAUCAGAAGACAGUCACUCAACAUUCCAAUCUGCAAUGUCUGCCUCCACAAAGAAAAGGGCAACUGAAAUCCUCUCAAGUGCUGGCUUGGCUGGGAAUGCUUUCUGGGCUCUAGGGAGUGAUCCUCAUGCAAUGGUUUCAUAUGAUAAACUUCACUUCAAUGAUUUAGGCCUCUGGGGUGACCACAUUUGGCCAUUAUGCCAAGGAAUCAUUGAAGGAUAUCCAAAGUUUAUUAGAGCAAAAUUUGAGCAGCGGAUAUCAGAGAUUCCACGGUGGCCAGAAUUGAACCACUUUAAACACUGCCUUUCAAUGUCAUUCUCAGAUGGCACAAAAUAUAGUCACCUUCUCAAGGUUGUUCUGCAUGGGCUCCAUGAUUUGAAUGAAGCACUAUAUCCCCUUUCGACACUUAUUCGCACUCUUGCAGAGUUCUCAGUCCUUAUUUCUCUUGAGGUGCAUACUGAUGAAACUCUUGAGUGGGGCCAUCAAGUUGUGCAGCAGCUUGAAGAUGCAAUGAAACAGCCAUUUAUCAUCCCUGAAACACUAGUGGGGACAAUAAAAAAGGCAUACACUAAGUCACUGUUACCCAAUGGGCAGAAAUCUUGGUCCUUCCCCAAAGCCCAUGCUGUAUCCCAUGCAUUUGAUGAUGUAUGCCAGAAAGGUGCCCUCAUCCAUGUCAGUACCAAACCAGGUGAAAAACAUCAUGGGGAAUACCGGCAGCAAUAUCUUGGGUUACUUAUGUUAUUUUGGAUCCAGAUUGUACUCAAGGACCAACAUAAGGCAGUCCUAAAAUUAGUGAGGCGGAAUGUUGAGCACGCAGAAGAGUAUGAUGCUCAGCAGCAGAUGCACAUGGAGUCCCAUGAAGACCACCACCCUGAGGAGAUAGAUGAGAACAAUGAGGUUGUUCAUAUUAAAUUACGCAGCCCAUGCAAACGCCUCUAUGGCCUCACUCUUGCCAUGGUUGAACAGGAACAAAGCAUGGUGCAGCCUGCCACCUUCAAGGAUUUCCGGCAGAAGACACUCCAUUUCCUUGAAACAGUGUAUGGGCUGACAACCAUAGUUCCUAGUGCUGAGAAUAUCACAGAGUACCGCUUGCUUGAAGUUGCAUAUGAGUCACAAGUUCACUGGUAUACCAAUCGUGACCUACUCCGGACCCAUCCAGAUUUCCAUGGGCAAGCCCGUUAUGAUUCCAUAAUGGUGGACACAAUUGGUGGGCCAUCUUUUGCUUGGCUGGUCCUGAUGUUUUCCAUCACACCUUCAAGUAACAUUGGUAAGGUCCAACUUGCCCUCAUUCGCUACUAUGUCCCUGUCCCCCCAAGUUCCUGCCCACCUUCAGAUAGAGCUGCAGGUUUCAGGCGAUUCAAACUCAGUGAAGAAGGUUCCUCUGCCAUCAUUUCAUUGGAAUCUGUCAUCCAUGGAGUGUUAAUGGUUCCCACAUUCUCUGACUCUGGCACUGCAGCAAGCACAUUUUUUGUCAAUGACCUCAUUGAUGGUGACAUAUUCAUUCGGAUGAAGCAUUUUUGA